ACUUUUUUCCUACAGAGAGUGUAACUCAGCUCAGCUUUAGCAGAACUGUGAGUUCCUCUCCUGCACUACAGGACAACACAGCAACCAUGUGGAUGUACUUAGCAGGGCUGGUUGUUCUGUACUAUGUGGUGCGCUGGUACCGUGAGCUGGCGAGAGUUCCAGACAGAGGCAAUAAGUACGUGUACGUCACUGGCUGCGACUCUGGCUUCGGAAACCUGCUAGCGCGCCAUCUGGACAAGUGCGGCUUCUGUGUUGUGGCUGCGUGCUUCACAGAGAAGGGUGAAGAGGAGCUGAAAAAGUCCUGCUCUAACAGACUAAUAACCACCCAUCUGGAUGUGAGGAAGACUGAGAGCAUUGACAAGGUUGCAGCCUUCAUCAAGAAUCUGGUGGGAAACAGAGGUCUAUGGGCCAUGGUCAACAAUGCGGGUGUGUCUGUUCCUUCGGGUCCCUGUGAUUGGAUGACUCUAGAGGACUACAAAUCCAUGUUGGAUGUCAACCUGAACGGUGUCAUCGGGGUGACCCUGAGUGUCAUCCCGCUCAUUAAGAAAGCCAGGGGUCGCGUGGUGAACGUGGCCAGUGUAUUCGGGAGAAUCAGUCCAGUCGGCGGACCAUACUGUGUCUCCAAAUAUGGCGUGGAAGGAUUCAAUGACAGCCUCAGGAGAGGCCUGAAGCCCUUUGGAGUGAAAGUCCUGUGUAUUGAACCAGGAUUCUUCAAGACAAGCGUGACAGACACCAACCUUCUAAUCAAAUGUGUUAGAAGUCUUUGGGACAAAUUACCUCAAGAGACCAAGGACGACUAUGGAGACGAUUUUGUGAGCAAAGUGGAGAAGGUGAUGGAAGAGACGUUCGCCAAGAUGCCAGAUAGCGACCUGAUGAAGUGUGUGAGGUGUAUGGAGCAUGCGGUCUCGGCUGUGCACCCUCGCACCCGUUACUCUCCAGGAUGGGACGCUAAAAUGUUCUGGCUGCCAAUGUCCUAUGCCCCAACCUGGUUCUCUGACUACCUGCUGCUCAAAGACAACCCCCCACCUGCCAAAGCGGUCAACUAGGAGUCACUUAGGCAGCUGCCAGUGUGCAUUAUGAAAUGCAGUCAGCGUGUACUAUUAGAUGAAUUCAGUGCAGUUCAAAUCUACCUAGUUUUUAACUGAUUAAGUUUUAGUUUUGGAUUAGAGCUAAACCACCAAACCAAAGCAACAGUUUUUGUCUACCUACUUAUUAAAUGCACUGUUUCUAAUGGUCACACAUUUAGGCAGGGAUUAAGCCAAAUUGUAGACUAUACAUUUCCUUUAAAUGCAAAAUCUUAACUAAAAAUUUACUUUAGCCUUAGACUAGACUCAAUCCCUGCAUGGGAAAAAACAGGGAUUUUUUUCAUUGUUUUAACAGGACUGUGGAUACUUGAGAGCUGCUUCACUGUGUAUAUUGAAGUGUAUGUAAGGAAAAUAUAUUUGUUCAUUGCAAUAAAACAUUUAAUACCAGAAUAAAAAGCUGAGACUACCUUAAAACCAAA